AUGAAAGAGCAAAACAUGGAUGAACAUGACAAGCAUGAAGAAGCGGAAAAAAAAACGCAUAAGAAAAAUGCCAAGGAGGAAAAACUCACCUACCACUAUGACAGUCACCGUUCUAGGAAAAGCUACUCCAUCAGGAUAUGCAGGGAAGGCAUCUCCAGCGAGGCACCUCUUUGUGAGGGUUAUUCCGCACUGCGAGGCGACAGCGGGGGGAGCGCCAACGCGGGAAUGUCUACAAACGAGCACAGCAACGGGCACCGUACAGUGCGAAGAAAUUCAGGCACAGGAGAGACGACACAUUCGAUCCGUUCUGAUAACCUUACCAUGAAAAGUCGAAGAGAUACUUCCAGCCAUCGCAUAUUUUUUGUGAGGGGAUCGAGCUGUGCCCCCCCCUCAAGUGACACAUACGUAACUGGAAAAAGAUGGCUCCCCCGCGAUUGCUACAGAGAAUCACACUCAUCAUGUGAGCCGCCUAUUCCUAGCAUGCACGACAGGGUGCACCACCUUGAGCUAUCUAUACCUCCAAGGAAACGAAAUGGAAAGAUGAAGAAAGUUCAAAGGAGGUAUACAUCCCAGCCGAACGUAAGUGGAAGGCCCCAAGAAAUUACACAUGCUGUAAGGUACCCACGAAGUCAACUUGUCCAUACAGACGAAAAGAUUAAAAUGAAAGGCAGACAAAAAUUCACCCAGUGGAGCCAAUCCCAUUUAUGUGAAAACGGAAUAGUAAAAUGUGAAAAACUGUUUGGAUUAGGCAAACUAAAAAAUUUGUACAAGUGGAGUGACGACUACCAUGUUCAUAGCAGUACGCGGCAUGCUACAUUCCACAGGGAUAGCAACUCCUUUAAUAUGGCAAAAGCGACGAAAAAAAAGCAUACGUCAAACACAGUUGCUUCUAUAGGCAGAUGCACCUUUAAAAGGAAGGAAGAGGAAAACGAUUCACCCGUACCCAACAACAGUUUAAACAACAACCCCUGUGGACAUAAGCUCUUUCAAGUUAAAUUCUUAUGCCAAGCAAAGGGCUAUGAUCUGAAAAAAAUAAGUCUCGUAUUCAAUGCUAAAAGUAUAAACUACGUAUUCCACGAUAGUAACAACAUAUUGUGUGCAUUCCUAACGCCAGGAAGAAGUACCAAAUAUUUCUACAACCUCGACGAUAUAGGUAACAUAAAUAGCUUCCAUUUUAUGAGAGGUGUUACUCCUUCAGAUGCUGAAUACACUGUUUUUAUCUUCAUCAAUGGAUCUGUUGUCAUAUGGGACAACUCCCCAAACUGUUAUAGAAAUGACUUGUUCAUUAAUAAGGUUAUCGUGUUUUUGAAUUCCUAUUCUGAUGAAUUGCUACCCGUGCAUGUGGUGCAGGAGGAUACCAUGUUUUACAAUGAGUGUGGUGGAGAAGAAGAGAAAUGGCAUCCACCCAUGUUUACACCAUCUGGUGGAUUAAUUCCACCAUCACAGGGAAUUUUCUCCUCAUCCGGGGUAGGUACUCCCCUAAUCAGCGGGGGAGUCAUCCGCCUUCGCAGUGGUUCUCUGGAACAGAAACUCAUCGUAUCGUUCGCUCUAUCGCAGUCAAUCCGCCUCGACGUGCACGAAAUGCUCAUGGACACCACCAUCAACAAGCUCUUCCUAAUAUCGAAGCAGAUUGCCACUCGAGGUACCUGCACCAUUUCGAAGCAAGAUAUCUCCAGGAUGCUUGACGUAUACUCCAGUAUAAUUAACGUUAACGCUGUGCAAGAUUUCCUCGACGUACCAGAGUACUUCUGGCAUAGGGUACAAUACGAACACGCGUGGUUCGAGAUAUACACAUACCUGGAAAUCCCUGAAAGGAUAAAAAUUCUGAACAAGCGGUACAAUUACUACAAGGAUUUCCUCAAGGUGAUAAAGACCGAGGUUUAUAACGACAAGACAUUCCACACUUAUCGGAUCAUCGUUCUACUACUCUUCAUACAUGUAUGCGCACUGAUUCUCAACGAUAUGUUUUUCACCUAG